CCUGCUCGACCCUCGGCCUCCGAGCUGGUUCCCGCAGGAGGGAGGGUGCGCAGGGGCGGGACCCGUCUUCCAGCCCCGCAUCCGACCCCGAGCGCGCGGGGAUAAAACCCGGGCGGCUGCGCGCGGGAACCCCAGGUCGGGGAGCCUCCCGAGAGCGGAGAGGGGGGCCGGGUCCCUCCGGCUGCCCGCGCCCCCGCCCCUCGGACCGGGCUCGGGAGCUGGGCUCCAGGCGCGCGGACACAAGGCGGUCGGAGCACAAAGACGGUACCUUCAGCCGAGCGAUGACGAGAGCCUGGGAGAACUCACCGGAGCCGGCGGAGAGGUUUCCUGCGCCCGGGGUUGCUGCUGCCGCCGCUGCUCCUUAAAACUCCCAAAGUUGAGAGCCAGCCAGAGGCUGCCGCCCGCCGGGAGCAAGAGGGAAAGGAACUCGGAAGAUGCGAGAGUGACGGACGGACAGACAGACGCACAGACCUUCGGAAGACACCACUGUAGGCAGCCCAUCCAUCCCGAGUCUGGAGGCUUCUCAGCUCUAUUCACUGGUGGGAGGCCGAGCUUGUGGCAAAGACGCCUGGAAGAGACUGAGGGCGACCAUAAUGUCUUUGCGUUCACACACACUGCCCGCCCCGCCUGGAGUUGUCAGACCGGGCCGCAGGGAACUGCUGUGUUUGUUAGUGGUCACGGUGGCGGUGAGCCCUGGCGCCUCCGGGGUGUGCCCCACCGCUUGCAUCUGUGCCACUGACAUCGUGAGCUGCACCAACAAAAACCUGACCAAGGUGCCUGGGAACCUUUUCAGGCUGAUUAAGAGACUGGAUCUGAGUUACAAUAGAAUUGGCCUUCUGGAUUCUGAGUGGAUUCCCGUAUCGUUUGGCAAGCUGAACACCCUAAUUAUUCGUCAUAACAACAUCACCAGCAUUUCCAUGGGCAGUUUUUCCACAACUCCAAAUUUGAAGUGUCUUGACUUAUCCUCCAAUAAGCUGAAGACCGUGAAAAGUGCAGUGUUCCAAGAAUUGAAGGUCCUGGAAGUGCUCCUGCUGUACAACAAUCACAUUUCCCAUCUCGAUCCGUCAGCAUUUGGAGGGCUCUUCCAACUGCAGAAACUCUACUUAAGUGGAAACUUUCUCACACAGUUUCCCAUGGAUUUGUACAUCGGAAGGUUCAAGCUGACCGAACUGAUGUUUCUAGAUGUUUCUUAUAACCGGAUCCCCUUCCUGCCAACACACCAUAUAAAUUUAGUGCCAGGAAAGCAGCUGAGAGGCAUCCACCUUCAUGGAAAUCCAUUUGUCUGCGACUGUUCCCUUUACUCAUUGCUGAUCUUUUGGUAUCGUAGGCACUUUAGCUCAGUGAUGGAUUUUAAGAAUGAUUAUACCUGUCGCCUGCGGUCUGACUCUAGGCACUCCCAUCAGGUACUGCUGCUCCAGGAUAGCUUUAUGAAUUGCUCUGACAGUGUCAUCAAUGGCUCCUUCCAUGCACUUGGCUUUAUUCAUGAGGCUCACGUCGGGGAAAGGCUGAUUGUUCACUGUGACAGCAAGACUGGUAGUUCAAAUACUGAUUUCAUGUGGGUGGCACCAGAUAACAUACUCCUAGAGCCAGACAGAGAGGUGAAAAACUUCCACGUGUUUCGCAAUGGAAGCCUGGUUAUAGAAAGUCCUCGUUUUGAGGACGCGGGAGUGUAUUCUUGCAUUGCAAUGAACAGGCAACGCCUGUUAAAUGAAACUGUGGAUGUCACAAUAAACGUGAGCAAUUUCACGGUAAACAGAUCCCAUGCCCAUGAGGCAUUUAACACAGCUUUUACCACCCUUGCAGCUUGUGUAGCCAGUAUCAUUUUGGUACUUUUGUACCUCUAUCUGACGCCAUGUCCCUGCAGGUGUAAAGCCAAGAGACAAAAAAGUAUGCUAAACCAAAGCAAUGCCCAUUCAUCUGUUCUCAGUCCUGACCUGGCUAGUGAUGUCCCAGCUGAUGAACGGAAGGCAGGUGCUGGUAAAAGAGUGGUGUUUUUGGAACCCCUGAAAGACACUGCAGCAGGGCAGAAUGGGAAAGUCAGGCUCUUUCCCAGUGAACCGGUCAUAGCCGAGGGCAUCUUAAAGUCCACCAGGGUGAAAUCCGACUCAGAUUCAGUUAAUUCAGUGUUUUCAGAUACACCCUUUGUGGCGUCCAGUUAAUUUUGUGCCUGUAUUUAUAUGAUGUGGUAAUUUGAUCUCUCCAUCUUUAACUUUGUGUGUGGUCUGCAAAAUAAACAGCAGGACUGAAAUAAUUUUGGUCUUUGAAAUAUAACCAAAUGGUUAUUUUAUUUUAUCCUCACCCGAGGACAUUUUUCCGUUUUUUGU